GCGGGAGCCGGAGAAUGGGGGCGGCGGGAGGCAGCGGCAGGGACAGUGACUCGCUGCGGGCGGCGGCCGCCCCAUGGACUGAGUGACACGGCGAGAGAGGGGCAGCAGCGAGCCUCACGCCGCCGCCGGGAGUCGCUUCUCCCGCCCAGCCGCCGCCGGAGGAGGGGAGCCGGCCUCGAGCGCCGCCCGCCGCUUUCCCUCCGCCGCGGCGGGUGUUUGGCUGCUGCAAUGGCCGGGCCGGUGCCGGGGACCCGGUAGUGACUCGGUGCCCGCCCAGAGCCGUCCUGAGCGGGGGGGGAGUCGGGGCCGCCGCGGGAAUCUCUCUCCCCCCGCCCCGGCUCCGCGCUGUUCAUGCCUUUGCAGCUGAGAGGUGCCCAGGGGCGGAGCAGCCUCAGCAGCGCCCAGUCGGGGAGCGUCCCCUCUGCUCCCCGCCCUGCUCCUGAGACAGGGCCCAGGCCCGGCCGGGAGCCCCCAGCUUCUCCGCAGCGCUAGGCCCCGGAGCGGAGACCGGGGCCGGCUACAGAGUGAUCUCCUCCUGCCCGGCAGCUCGCCGCUCGCACAGCCCCGCGGGGAGGGGGAGGAUGAGCCAGCUUCAGACAGCGAAGAUGUCCGCUCCCCCCCCGCCUGCGCCCCUGGAGCCCGGGGAGGGGGUGACCACGAGCCGCCAGAGGAAGCUGGAGUCCAUGAUCCGAGACCCUCGGUCCCCAGUCAAUGUGGAAAGUUUGCUGGAUGGCCUGAAUUCUUUGGUCCUUGAUCUGGAUUUUCCAGCACUGAGGAAAAACAAGAACAUAGAUAAUUUCUUAAAUAGAUAUGAGAAAAUUGUGGAAAAAAUUCGAGCUUUACAAAUGAAAGCUGAAGACUAUGAUGUUGUUAAGGUGAUUGGAAGAGGUGCUUUUGGAGAAGUACAGUUGGUUCGCCAUAAAACGUCACAGAAGGUUUAUGCAAUGAAGCUUCUUAGUAAAUUUGAAAUGAUAAAAAGAUCGGAUUCAGCCUUUUUCUGGGAAGAAAGAGAUAUCAUGGCCUUUGCCAACAGUCCCUGGGUGGUUCAACUCUUUUGUGCCUUUCAAGAUGACCGAUACUUGUAUAUGGUAAUGGAAUACAUGCCGGGUGGAGAUCUUGUAAACCUUAUGAGCAAUUAUGAUGUGCCUGAAAAAUGGGCCAAAUUUUACACAGCUGAAGUUGUCCUUGCUUUGGAUGCAAUUCACUCCAUGGGCUUGAUACACAGAGAUGUGAAGCCUGACAAUAUGCUUUUGGAUAAACAUGGGCAUCUGAAGUUGGCAGAUUUUGGCACCUGUAUGAAAAUGGAUGAAACUGGUAUGGUGCGCUGUGAUACAGCUGUUGGAACACCUGACUACAUAUCGCCUGAAGUCUUGAAGUCACAAGGAGGUGAUGGCUGCUAUGGACGGGAGUGCGAUUGGUGGUCUGUAGGAGUUUUUCUCUUUGAGAUGCUUGUUGGGGACACUCCAUUUUAUGCAGACUCCUUGGUAGGGACAUAUAGUAAAAUCAUGGAUCACAAGAAUUCAUUAAGUUUCCCAGAUGAUGUGGAAAUCUCUAAGCAUGCAAAGAACCUCAUCUGUGACUUUUUAACUGACAGGGAGGUGCGACUUGGGAGAAAUGGGGUAGAAGAAAUUAAACAGCACCCUUUCUUUAAGAGCGAUCAAUGGAACUGGGAUAACAUUCGAGAGACUGCUGCUCCUGUUGUACCUGAGCUUAGCAGUGACAUAGACAGCAGUAAUUUUGAUGACGUUGAGGAUGACAAAGGAGAUGUGGAAACCUUUCCAAUCCCCAAAGCCUUUGUGGGAAACCAGCUGCCUUUUAUAGGAUUUACCUACUAUCGAGAGAAUCUGUUGCUAAGUGACUCUCCUCAGUCUUGUAGAGAAAAUGAAUCCAUGCAAUCCAGGAAAAAUGAGGACAGCAAAGAGUUUGCACAGUUUCAGAAAAAACUGAGCAAGUUAGAAGAACAACUCAGUAAUGAAAUACAAGCCAAAGAUGAACUAGAACAGAAGUGCAGGUCUGUUAAUGCUCGUUUAGAGAAGACCGUGAAAGAACUAGAUGAAGAGGUAACAUCAAGGAAGAAUGUAGAAUCUGCAUUAAGGCAAUUAGAAAGAGAGAAGGCUCUUCUUCAGCACAAGAAUGCAGAAUACCAGCGGAAAGCAGAACAUGAAGCAGAUAAAAAACGCAAUUUGGAAAAUGAUGUUAACAGUUUGAAAGACCAGCUUGAAGAUUUAAAAAGGAGAAAUCAGAACUCUCAGAUAUCAAAUGAGAAAAUCAAUCAGCUUCAAAGACAGCUGGAUGAAGCCAAUGCUUUACUACGCACAGAGUCUGAUACUGCAGCCAGGUUAAGGAAGAACCAGACCGAAAGUACAAAGCAAAUCCAGCAGUUGGAAGCUAAUAAUCGAGAAUUACAAGAUAAAAACUGCAUGCUGGAGAAUGCUAAACUCAAACUUGAGAAGGACUUCAUCAAUCUUCAGUCAGCCCUAGAAUCUGAAAGAAGAGAUCGAAGUCAUGGGUCAGAGAUUAUCAGCGAUCUACAAGGUCGAAUAUCUAGCCUAGAAGAAGAAGUAAAAAAUGGAAAGAGUACAUUAGCCAAAGCAGAAGUGGAGAAGAGACAAUUACAAGAGAGGCUCACAGAUUUGGAAAAGGAGAAGAGCAACAUGGAAAUAGACAUGACAUAUAAACUCAAGGUUAUGCAGCAGAACUUGGAACAAGAAGAAGCUGAACAUAAAGCCACAAAAGCACGAUUAGCAGACAAAAAUAAAAUCUAUGAAUCUAUUGAGGAAGCCAAGUCUGAAGCCAUGAAAGAAAUGGAAAAGAAGUUGUUGGAGGAGAGAUCUUCAAAGCAAAAAGUAGAAAACGGCUUGUUAGAAAUUGAAAAGCGGUGUUCUAUGUUGGACUGUGAUCUCAAACAGUCGCAACAGAAAAUAAAUGAGCUGCUUAAACAAAAGGAUAAACUAAAUGAAGAUGUUAAAAACUUGACAUUAAAAAUAGAACAGGAAACACAAAAGCGCUGCCUCACGCAGAAUGACCUGAAGAUGCAAACACAACAAGUCAACACAUUGAAAAUGUCAGAGAAACAGCUAAAACAAGAGAAUAACCAUCUCCUGGAAAUCAAACUGAGCUUGGAAAAGCAAAAUAAUGAACUCCGCAAAGAACGUCAGGAUGCAGAUGGACAAAUGAAAGAGCUUCAAGACCAGCUUGAAGCUGAACAAUAUUUCUCAACUUUGUACAAGACCCAAGUUCGUGAGCUUAAAGAGGAAUGUGAAGAAAAGACCAAACUUUGUAAAGAAAUGCAGCAAAAGAUACAGGAGUUACAAGAUGAGAGAGACUCCUUGGCUGCACAACUUGAGAUAACUUUGACAAAAGCUGAUUCAGAGCAACUUGCUCGCUCCAUUGCUGAAGAACAGUACUCUGAUUUGGAAAAAGAGAAGAUCAUGAAAGAAUUGGAGAUUAAAGAGAUGAUGGCUAGGCAUAAGCAAGAACUUACUGAGAAAGAUGCUACCAUAGGAUCGCUGGAGGAAGCCAAUAGGACACUAACUAGUGAUGUGGCUAAUCUUGCUAAUGAGAAAGAAGAACUGAAUAAUAAACUGAAAGAAGUCCAAGAACAAAUUGCAAGGCUAAAAGAGGAAGAAACAAAUAUAACAAUUAUUAAAACUCAGUUUGAGAAGCAGUUGUUGAAUGAGAGAACACUGAAAACUCAGGCGGUAAACAAGUUGGCUGAGAUCAUGAAUCGGAAGGAUCCAGUCAAACGUGGAGCUGACACUGAUGUGCGGAGGAAAGAAAAGGAGAAUAGGAAACUGCAUAUGGAACUGAAAUCUGAACGUGAAAAGUUAACCCAGAUGAUGAUUAAAUAUCAGAAGGAGAUCAAUGAAAUGCAGGCACAAAUAGCCGAGGAGAGCCAGAUACGAAUCGAACUGCAGAUGACACUUGACAGCAAGGAUAGCGACAUUGAACAACUUCGCUCACAGCUCCAGUCAAUACAUAUUGGCCUAGACUGCAGCAGCAUAGGCAGUGGACCUGGGGAUGCUGAGGCAGAUGAUGGAUUCCCUGUCCAUAUCACUCAAUCCCACACUAUGGAGUCCAUGUCUCUUACCUACCAGCAUUCUUCUACCUCUGUCAGUAUUGCCACUAAACCUUCCAGUUCUCACAUGCUUCUCGACUCUGAUUCUGACUCAGAGGAAGAACCAUUGUCUUGUGUACACAUCCCUUCACAACCUGAUAGCACAGAAUCGAGAUUAGAGGGUUGGUUAUCACUACCUGUCCGAAAUAACACUAAGAAAUUUGGGUGGGUGAAAAAGUAUGUAAUUGUAAGCAGUAAGAAGAUUCUGUUCUAUGAUAGUGAACAAGAUAAAGAACAUUCUAACCCCUACAUGGUGUUAGAUAUUGACAAAUUGUUCCAUGUCCGGCCAGUCACACAGACAGAUGUAUACAGAGCAGAUUCAAAAGAGAUUCCUAGGAUAUUCCAGAUUCUGUAUGCCAAUGAAGGAGAAAGCAAGAAGGAACCAGAAUUUCCUGUGGAGCCUAUGGGGGAGAAAUCAAAUUACAUUUGCCACAAGGGACAUGAAUUUAUACCAACUCUGUAUCAUUUUCCAACCAACUGUGAGGCUUGUAUGAAGCCACUGUGGCACAUGUUUAAACCCCCUCCUGCUCUAGAGUGCCGCCGCUGCCAUAUCAAAUGUCACAAAGAUCACAUGGAUAAAAAGGAAGAGAUUAUAGCACCUUGCAAAGGUAAGAAGUGA